GCCAUGUGCGUUAGUCUGGUCACCUUUCCUGCAUGGUACUUGACCGCAGAUAACCUUUGCAAGUCUCGUUGCAACAACGACACUAAUUUAGUCAUUUCUACCUUCGUCAACGGCUUACAAAGAUCGAAAAUGUAUUUGAUUUCCAUACAUUAUCCCAAAAAGGAAACUAGUUGUAAAAGGCUUUAGUUUCAACAAGACAACAGGAUAAUGCAACAUUAAUUCCUGUCCGGUCUGGUCCCGGAACGAAACCACGAAGACUUGCUAUCCCACAAUUCCCUUUAAAAGAUGGCCGCGUCCAUGGGCAGGGUCGAAGUUCCCAAAGCAACGCAUCGUGUAACAGGAAAACACUCGUUAAUUUGGGCCCAGACACCCUAAUUUUCUUUUCCGGGUUAUGGAUCGGAAAACUCUCCCUCAGUGUUGGCCCAUGUAGUAGGCCUAGUACGGUUGUUCGGCAUUUCUGGGCAGGGUGAGGGCUGCAUCUCGCUGACAAGAAUGAACGAUGCAAGGGUUGCCAGCCCUGUGUCGGAGAGCGGUGAUAUGUUCCCGCAGCCGCCGUGUGGGAUCGUGGGGUCCAGCCCAGGCAAGAGCAACCUUAGCCCCGGUAGUGCUGUGGACACCGAUAGCAAAAUGAACUUGAAUCCACGGAUUGAUUUAAACUUUGGUAUCAGGAACUGGUCAUCGGAAUUAGCUGCAGCCAGUGUCAACUUUUCAUAUUUCAACCCAUUUGGUGACCCAGAAAACUUGUCUUCCGAGACUGAAUUGCAUGAUUUUGUAGGUAAAAUUCGGCGUCCAAGAUCUCGACUUCAUUGCCGGCGUGGUGCAGUAGUUUUAACACAAAAUCCACUGGGAAAGGAUUUGAAAGGGGAAAGGAAGCUGCGACAUGCUGCUAGCAAGGGUGAUGUUGAGGAAGUUCGCAAGCUGUUAGAGGAAGGUGUCAACCCAAACAGACCUGACGACAAAGGUAGAGCUCCGUUGCACUUCGCUGUCACUAAAAGAUGCCACGAGAUGGUUCAGGUGCUCAUAGAUAAAGGAGCAGAUGUCAACCAAAAAGAUGGACUCGGGAACACGCCGCUUCAUUUAGCUGUGUUCAGCAGCCACAUGGGUGUGGCCACAACAUUACUCGAGUCUGGCGCUAACACCCAUGAAUUAGACAGGGAAGGACACACCCCAAUCCAUCUAGCCCGGUCACGACUGCGCCACAUCAAAGAUGUGUCAUACGACAUAUCAUGCAGUCAGCUCCAGGACGAAGUAUUGCAGCUGGUGGCCAUGUUGAAAGUGUACAUGAGCAGCAUGGGCUUGUCGGAGCACAUGCGACGCUUGGACCAACUCACCUUGCAAGUGCAAGAAGCAGCGACAAAUGAACAGGUGGACGCUAUUGAGGAUAUUCUGAACAGUUUCACAACUCUGAGCUUGCAGAAACCCUGAAACAGGGUGAAUUACAUCAGCAGUAAGGCUGCGCUGCAGGUAGAAUACCAACUUGUAUUGGUAUUACAGCAUUACGAGUCAGGUACCAUUCUAAUAUGAUUACAGAUUAUUAACCCCUUCGCACCGGGAACCGUUGACAGCCGCGGCUUUGUGUGAGGAUUAGUGCCUACCACACAUACAGUCUAUUCACCAUGCAGCUGCUGGUUCAAUGGGGCCUGGUGAUAGACAAAGCCUUCCAUUCAGGGCGUACCAGAGCCCAGCAGUCACGGUCAAAAGAAUUACCGGUGCGGAGGAGUUAAGAAAUCCAAUUUCAGAGAAGCUACUCGUUUACGGUUCUAACAUAAAACCUGCUGCAAUCAAGGCACUUCAAUAAAAAGUCCAAUUUUAGAAAUUUGACAAAAUUGGCGUGGCCAGAAAAGGAGCUCUCUGACAAUACAUUUGUUGUACAAUGAUAUAUAUUGGGAUAUACUUACCAUUUAAGAACUUUGUUUAUAAAAUGUUAACAUUAUUCCUUCCAAGGUCUGUGAUCCUUCCCACAAUUACUUACUGAUUUGUCAUGUUAGUUCUUGUUUCAUUCAAGACACACCCCUGACCACCACCUACCGUAUGAUUUAUUGUAGAUGAAACCUUGAAAUAUGUACAUAUUUUAUUAUAAUGAAGGGAAGCUUUUGUCCUUUAGUCUUCCAUUUAUAGCGAAAUCAUAGAUUAAUGAUUGAAACUGUGAAUGCAUUUGAGGUUUUUUCUUUCUGUUACGUAGUUUCGUCUUGUUCAGUGUCUCUUUUCUGUAUUUUUAGAUGCCAUAGGUAGGGUGCGAGGAGUGAACAAAAGUAAAUGUGUGUAUUACCUGUUUAGUAAGAUGUAUCAUCACCAGUUUCACAAAGACACAAAUUGCCUCAAAAAGCAUUUUGGGGGGGGGCAAUUUCUGUUUUUGGCCAAAUCAACGAGGCUGUGCGACGCUUACAACAUGGUGUAAUCGCUUUUUUGCCAACUGAAAUUAGCCAUACCACGAUGGUCCCUGUGGGCCAAAAUUCAACUAAAUUGCAGUUUUUGUUUUCGUAAAGAGACAAAGUUGUCUUCCAUUUAAAUAUCGUUUGCAAAAAAAGGGCAAACCCAUGGGCAAAACUUGGUUUUCCAUUUUCAUACAGAGAAAAAUUUCACUCUGGAUGUGUAUACAAUUGUAAAAAAUUUGCACCUGGCACCUGCUACGGCAGUAGUGUGCACUGCGUGUACCGUAUUCAUAAAGAGACAAGAAUUCACACAAAUUUUAGUAUUUUCAGGAAGACAAAUGUGUUUGUUUACAAAGUAAACAAUUCUGAUGGACUUCUAUAAAUAUUAUUUUGUAGUUUUGUGCCAUUUAAUUUCCCCGAAAGCUAGGUUUUACUCGCCGGUGAGACUUUUGUCUUUGUGAAAACUGCGAUGGUGUGCAACGCGCAGCCAGUUUUCAAAUGACCUUACACAAAAUGCUAGUGCAACAAAUGCAACAUUUUCUGCUGUUUGCAGGAAGCUUUGCAAAAGGUAAUGUUUGCAUUCCAACCACAAGUGGCCUUUGUAUGCACAGAACUUGCACAACGUGAGAAAAAUGCAAAAAAGGAAAGAAAGAAAAACGGGGCCAGGCUGGUCGGCCUCAUUCACAAGUUGGCCAAAUAGAAUUGAAAGCGAGGUUAACUCUCUUAUUUUGGGAACCAAAGAAUCAAAAUGAAAGUAAUGGAAGUUCAUUGAAGAUUCAUUUCAUUGACGAUAGUAAAGAAUUGAAAAUUUGUGAUUUACUUUAUCUAACAGUGUAAUAGUCGAGACCACUUAAAACCUUAACAAGACCACACCAGACCAACACAUGGUCUUGCGCAUAGUCUUGUGAUGGUCUCGACUACAACACCGAUAUCUUAAUGUUUUAAGUAACAUUUAACAAAAAGGAAUGGGGACAUAAAACAAAAUAGUCUGGCACCACCCCAUAGGACAGAUUAUACUGAAUAAGAUAGAUCUAGGGAACGUGAUCAAAAUGACUUCGUGGUGAAUUAAGGUCUAUUCAGUUGAAGUGCUCAGUAAUAAGUUACCAAAAAGAUCUAAAUGGUCCCCCUUGCAAUUUCAUCCCCCUUGAAACAGACUCUGACAAAUUUCAUCCCUCUCCAGUGGUCUGUCGAGAGUGUCAUCAUCAAGCGCUCGGUUUAUUUACGGCCUACUGAAAUGUCAGGGUCUCACUGCUCACAGUAUUUAAACUUUGUCUGAACCCAAACUUGUACGCCUGUGACUCACAGUGUGUUAUCAGGAGCUAUUUUUUGACAGAACCGUCGAUCAGGAAAUGGCAUUUAAAGUUUGGAAUUUAUCCAUGUGACUUAGGGGAGGCAGUGUUGGAAAUGUCUGCAAUCUGCUUCUAUGUCACAAUCGUAUUUUGCCUGAUGGUGGCUGCAAAACCGUAUCUGGUCAUCUGUUCAAAACCUACAUAAUAACUCACUUAGUAUUGGAAAGUCUCACGAUGCCAACAAAACACCGGAUAAUGAACACAAAAUUCUUAAGGAAACUACGACUUUAAAAGCGAUGGCGUAAAGGUACAAUUUGGGUUACUCCCUAAAAAAGGUGAACCCUAAGAAAGGGUGAUAUUUCUGAAAACGUUGGCCACCCAUACGAAUAGUAGGCAAUGCAAAAGAGGACAGUUAACUUCUGCGCUCAACUUGCAAAGAAUACCCAAUUCGGGGGCAGAUCCAGAAAGUUUUCCGGGAGGAGGGGGUUCAGGCCGGAGAUUUGUUUGUCUCUUAUUUUUGCGGAGAAGCGGAAAUGAUGAUGAAAAAUACAUGUACAUGACAUACUUGUUUUCAAUGGUAUUGGUUGUACUUCAGGUAUUUUCUAUUAUUUCCCCCAUUUUUUCCCUUUUUUUGGUCUCAGACCCCCCAUCCACACCUGCGAUUACAAGAUUAUUUUCUUUUGCCCACAUCAUUAUAGCAGUUCAGUAUUACCUGAAUGGUGCAUUCAUGGAGUUAGUUCGUUAUAAAAUCUACAUCGAGUGUGCUUAAUUUUUGGUUGGCCGUUCUUGAGACAUUGACGUCACCACAGCAUUAACAGAUUAAGGCCAUCUCACUCGGUUUAUGUGAAACACAUAUCACUUCAAGUUAUUCAAGUAGGGUUAAGUUCAAUUGGUGAAUAAUACCUUGUUUAUUUGGAAGUUGGAUUUUUAUUAUUUAUAAUGCAAGUUGUAAAUAAUUGUAUUUUCUCCCCGUUUAAUUGAAACAAGGUCAUCGUCAUAAUAUUAUGCAAAUGGUGUUCUCACAGAUAGAAUCAUUUUUUUGUGUUUGUUCAAACAGGGAAAGUUUAGUUAGGAGAUAGGAACACAUCAGUUUUACAAAAUAAUGAAAAAUUAAAUAAAUUUUAUUCAUAUUUGAUUAUAAA